AUGAAAGGUCCGAUCCCUACAGUCUCCACCAUUCAUGCAGAUCCACCAUCUUCUCCACGCUACCCACCACCAGUAGGAACCCCCACCUCUGGUGCCCAUCGCCGCAUUGGAAUUGCAGUUGAUUUAAGCAAUGAAAGUGCCUUCGCCGUUCAAUGGGCUGUCCAGAACUAUCUCCGGCGAGGGGAUGCUGUCAUCCUCCUCCAUGUACGACCCACCUCCGUCCUGUACGGGGCUGACUGGGGCCAAGCAACCGACGCUGAAUCUCACUCGGAAGAAUCACAGAAGAAGCUUGAAGAAGAUUUUGAUAAAUUCACCAACACAAAAACUACCAACCUGUCUCAGCCAUUGGUGGACGCUAAUGUUCCCUUCAAGAUUCAUAUUGUGAAGGACCAUGAUUUAAAAGAGAGGCUUUGUUUGGAGGUAGAGAGGUUGGGGUUGUGCGCCAUGAUCAUGGGGAGUAGAGGUUUUGGUGCUGUAAAACAGACCGAAAAUGGAGGGCUUGGAAGUGUUAGUGAUUACUGUGUACGCCAUUGUGUUUGCCCUGUGGUGGUUGUCAGGUAUUCUGAUGAGAAGGAUGGUGGUGGUCGUGGCGGGGGUGGAGGUGGUGGUGGUGGUGGUGCGGCUCAAAAAGAUACAAUGUUUCAUGAUGCGAAAUAA